AUGGAAAUCCCCGCGAAACUGCCCUUCUCCAAGCGGCGGCUUCGACCGCGCGUUGUUAUCUCUUACAUCUUUGACUAUGUGAUCAUUAUUGCAUGUGCCAUCGGCUUCGCGAUUCUCAACAAGGUCGAGCCCUACCACCAACACUUCUCCCUCACCAACACCUCCAUCCAAUAUCCUUAUGCCGUACAUGAACGAGUCCCCAUGCCUCUGGCCCUCUGCAUCUCCGCUGCUUUCCCACUUGGGCUCAUUAUCGUUUACACCUUGUUCCUCGAUGGCUUGUUUUCACACCAUAAGCCACAGGAUGCGGUGUCUGGGAAGCGGAAGCUGAGAGGUCCACACCGCUGGAAGGACAGACUUUGGGAGCUCAAUUGUGGUGUUUUGGGUCUUUUGCUGGCUCAAGGUCUCGCGUUUGUCAUUACACAGGCGCUGAAGACCGCUUGUGGCAAGCCGAGACCUGAUCUCAUCGCUCGUUGUCAACCAGCCGCUGAUAGCAAGGACCUUUUCCCGGGAUUGUCGAACUCAACGAUUUGUACAGGUGAUCCCGCGUUGUUAACAGAUGGAUUUCGGUCGUGGCCGUCUGGCCACAGUAGCUCUUCCUUCGCCGGUCUCGUUUACACAUCGCUUUGGCUAGGUGGAAAGCUGCACGUUAUGGACAAUCGGGGUGAGGCCUGGAAGGCCCUACUCGUCAUGGUUCCUCUACUAGCAGCAAGCCUCAUUGCCGUGUCGCGUAUCAUGGACGCGCGCCACCACCCCUUCGACGUGAUCACGGGGUCGAUGCUUGGAGUCGUCUGCGGCUGGGUCGCAUAUCGCCAGUAUUUCCCACCGCUCACUGAAGCCUGGCGCAAGGGCCGGGCCUACCCAAUCCGAACCUGGGGGACUGAUCCUGCAGGUCCCGAUGCCGUUCGAUUCACGGGCUCCAAGGGCGAUAGCUCUACUGCGCUCCGCAAUCAAGAAGAAGAGCCAAUGGCCCCGGUAGAUCUCCCCAGAUCGGAGCAUGCCAGACCCGAUGCCUCUAGCUACCUUCAGUCCUCAAAUCCAUAUGCAUCCAAUAUGUACAAUCGCCGCCCACAUGACCAUCACGCUGAUGGCGGUGCUUGGUCGUCGAGUGAGGACGAUGUUACCAAUGGGUAUGAGAUGCGACAUGGUCAUGCUAUGGGGCAGAACACCGGUGCCGGUCACCAUGUGCCUCAAUAUGACUCCAGUAAUGCGUAUGUGUCCCAAACACAGCCGCUCACGGCUGAUACAGGAAUCUAUGCCCCUGAUGCGACAGCGGGUCCAGGGCGUCCGUUGACGGAUAUGCCCGGUCGGGCCAUCUAA